UUAAAAUGGACAAUAUCAUACAAAUACAAAACAAGAGUCAUUAUACUAAUGCACAUGGUAUUAGAUAUGUAGAAUGCUCAUCAAAAGCAAACGAAGUGCCAAUUUGGCUAUGAUAUGUGUGGACGAGAGGGAUUUACCUCUGUCGUGCAAAAAAGUGAAUGAAGGAAAAAAGAGGAGAAAAAUAAGAGAAAAGAAAAGUCGGGACAUUUUUGCAGUUGAGAUGAAUAAUUGAACCCAAGGAAUAUUUAUAGCAUGGAAAAAAUGUUCAAGUACGGCACUACCACUAAUACUUUUUCCAAGUUUCAAAGCUUGUAGGCCCUCUUGAACCGUGCUGGAAAUCUACACAAAGUUACCAAUUAAUAUGAGUGCGAUUUAGUUUUUGCAAAAUUUUCUCAUGUGAGUUAACACAUAUCAGUUUCUCAAUUCAAAUGGGGUCACAAGUCAAAUCUGUCUGUAUUUUCUCGUAUACAAUCAUAGAAAGAAAAUCGUUCACGAGCCUCAUAGACGUUUCCAUUAUCAUUAACUCUGAGAGAGCUAAGCAACUACAGCAAGGGAUAAGCAUAGCCAACAGGUACCUCAAAUGCAGCCCUUUUAUGGAGGAGUUUUUGUACAGAUUUCACAUCAAACACAUCUCUCUCCCUCAUUUCCUGUCUAUAAGACCAACUUGAGAAUUCACUCAGUAACCCAGAAAGGCUAAAGAAGCCUUCACUAAGAUGGGUGCAUGCUCAAGCAAAGAUGGCAGUGAGUUUUGUGAUGAUGAUGUUAGAGAAUUGAAAGAAAAGAUAAGACUACUCAGGGAGGAAGUGAGGGGAGUGAUGUCUGAGAUGGAUGAGGAGACUAAAGCCCAUGAGAAAGACAUGGUGGUUUUCGCAUUUAAGGAGGCAGGUUGGAAAACAGAGAAGAAGAAACUCAAAGAGGAGGUGAAGGUGUUGAGGAAGAAGGUAGACGAGAGGAUGAAAGACAUUGAAGAGGGAAAAUCUGGAGAGAAAAUUGCAACAGAAUGGGAGAUGGUGGGAAGUACAAAUGCCAUCUUUGAACAGAUACAGCAGGAAAGAGCACGCAGAGAUGAAGCCAUUGACAAAUGGAAGCAACUUUAUCACGCUAUCAAGAUGGAGCUUGAUGACCUAAUUCAGAGGACACAUAAUGGAGAUGGAUUGUAUUGGGGAGCGGAUGAGAGGGCAGAAGCACUAAAAACAGAAUUGCAAGCAAAGGAAGAGACCAUAAAAGCCCUCAAAGAAAAAGUAGUUUCAAUGGAGCAUGAAAAAUAUGAGAGGGACAGAGAAAUCGACAUACUGAGGCAAAGCUUGAGAAUCCUGACGAGUAAGAAGGAACAACAGAUUAGAAACCAUCUGUAAGUAGCCUGCCUUCGAAGUAAGCAUGAUAGCAGAAAUUCCAACACCACAUUAGAAUGAUGAACAAAUAAAUGAAAUGUCAAUUGAACAUGUUACUAGAUGUAAAUCUGUCCAGUGUCCAGAAAGUUGUUACAUUUGCAACCCACCCUUUAUUUCAACCCAAAUGCUAUUACCAUAACCAUUUUGUUUA